GUGGGCGAAGAGGAGGCGAUACGGUGGAAAAUGAGUGGUGGGAGGCCAGCGUUUGGCGGUGAAAUUAGACAUAAUAAUCAUGAUUUAUUUUAUAUUUUCAUAUAAGUCGCUCUUUUUCCUUCUUUAGCCUGGACCGAAAACCCGUGAGGGACAUCUGGUGACGAAGAAGGCUCUGAAAGGUGUUUUUUGUGGUCGGAGCAGUGCCAAAGACACUCUGAUAAUCGUUAGUUGUUGUUUGUUUGUUUGUUUUUUUGUUUGUUUUUCCUCAUUCUUCAAAAUGCCGCGAGACAACAAAACUCCUCUCAUCCAGAAAAUAGCAAAGCAGGCCAACAUCACCUUUAAAUGCUCCAAGUCAUCGGCCAACGGGGACAGUAAAGUGGUGACGGAGAAAUUGAAUGAACUGAUCUCCUUGGUGACCUCCGUCAGGGCUGCCGACCUGAAAAUUGCUCCCCGGAAAAACAAGCCGAGGUCCGGGGCAGCGGGGCUCCAGAACCCCCCUGUCACCUACAUGCACAUCUGCGAGACGGAGGUGUUCAGCAUGGGGGUGUUUCUGCUGAGGACCGGCGCCUCCAUCCCGCUGCACGACCACCCGGGGAUGAACGGGAUGCUGAAGGUCCUGUAUGGGAAGGUGAACGUCCGCUGCUUCGACAAGGUGGAGGACAGUUUAACCAUGAGCUCCGUCCCACCUAGCUUCCACCCCCCCCUGGCCCCGCUGCAGAUGACCUCCGUGUGGCGCUCUGUGCCACGAUCGGCCAUCGAGUACUCGGAGAGCAGCGGGCCGUGUCUCCUCACUCCCUUACGGGACAACCUGCACCAGAUCGAUGCGGUGGAGGGCCCCGCAGCUUUCCUGGAUAUCCUGGCGCCACCGUACAAUCCAGAUGACGGCCGGGACUGUCACUAUUACAAAGUCCUGCAAAUGGUGGCGGAGGAGGGAACAGACGCCAAGGGCAACCAGGAGCAGCUGGGAGAGAAGAAGGAGGGAGAAGCGUGGCUGCUGGAGAUCCCUCAGCCGGAGGACUUCUGGUGUGGUGGGGAGCCGUACCCCGGCCCUGCAGUGUCUAUCUGAAGGAUGCCUCCUCUCUGAGGAGCUGUGUGAGACAGACAUGAUGUUUGCUACCCGUCCGUUACUACCUGGAAGUCAGAAGGAUGGAAGGCCUCCCUGGAGGACACCACACCGUAGCAGAGGCUUCCAGAAGGAAUCCAGGAAUCAGCUUUCCCAUAUGGUAUUUCUCUUGGGACCAUUAUGUUGCCUUGUACACAGAUGAAUGUUAUCAUCCUAACGGUGUGUGAGUAAUGAGGUAUCAUUAGAGUCUCUGCUGGGAGGCAACCAAAGCUUUCCCCGUUUUCUCCAUGCUGCAGACCUCCACAUGUCUCAACGCCAAAGCCUGGAACUCAAGUCCUACCUGCCUUAUCUGCAGAUGCUCAUAUAUGUUCCUAGAGUUUCUAUUAUUCACGCAUUUCUUCUUCCAAAGUGCACACUACAUUAUGAACUCUUCAUUUUCUUUUUGUUCUACAUGAUGUCUUCUCUGAUGAAAGCUGGCGGUUCUGUGAUGUGUCAUACUGUCACUGAGUGGAGCUACAGUAUAAGGCAUCAUAUUAAAGACUGAAUGGAAGCCGUCAGAGACCUUCAUUAUGAUUUUAUGCUAUAAAUUUACCACACUUUCUUUUCUGUUAACUCUACCACUAGUCAUGCUGCUGUAUGCUAGCUGAGCUUCUACUGCCCCGUCCUGCGGCCUGUUGGACCUCACACACGUCUAUGUGUCAGCAGUAAUUAUGUUAUCUGAAUGUUGAAUGUAUCUGAAUGUUGAAUGUAUGUGGAACAAUAAAAGGAUGCUCAAUAA